CACGGGAUCUCAAAGAUGGCGGCCGCCACGAAAGUUUUGAACUUGCAGAAAAACAUUGUGUGUCAAACUGGCAAACACACUGCGUCUGUCAUCUUUCUACAUGGCUCAGGUGAUACAGGAGAGGGUGUGAGCUCUUGGAUACAGGAUCUGAUGGGGAAUGGGAUGGUAUUCUCCCACAUCAGAACAGUGUUCCCUACAGCUCCACCAAGACCAUACACUCCAAUGAUGGGGCACAAGUCGACAGUCUGGUUUGACAGACACAGGAUCUCACCAGAUGUCCCUGACCACAUGGAGUCUGUGGACUAUAUGUGUGAACACCUCAACAGGCUGAUAGAAGAGGAGGUCAAGUCUGGAAUCCCAAGGGAAAGAAUACUUUUAGGUGGUUUCUCUAUGGGUGGUGCCAUGGCCAUGCAGGUGGCUUACAGACAUCACCCUUCUGUGGCUGGAGUAGCUGCUUUGUCAGCUUUCCUCAACAAUGACUCUGUAGUCUAUAAGGCUGUAAGAGAAGCCAAUGGUUCCUUACCAGAGCUGUUUUUGUGCCAGGGAGGAAAGGAUCCCCUAGUUGUGCCGGAGUGGGUUAAGCAGACGCAUCGCACAAUGGACAGUUUGGGAGUACCAUGCCAGUUUCACUUCUUUCCCCAAAUGUACCAUGAAAUGUGUGCUCAAGAACUCGAACUGUUAAGGACAUGGAUCCUAAAGAAGCUGCCUUCGUGAUGCAUUAAUAGAGACUUGACAUAUUUAAUCUUAAGUUAUCACUAUGUGAUAUCAAAAAUCUCAUUGAGAAUACUGCAUCUAGUGUUAAUUUUAAAGUAUAAAUGAGUGUAUAACAAAAUGUAUGCAUUAUGGUAACAAAUGUGUAAUAUUAUUAUAUCUUAUAACUUAUCCUGCAAUAAUAAGACAAUAAAUUGCUAACAGUGAUGUAUUGUCACUGUAUACUUGAUAUAAAAGUGGAUGUGUCUUAAGUUCUGUUUAAGAAAAGAGAAUGAAAUACUAGCACUUGAUUUCAGACUCAAUAGCUACUUACAUGUACUUAACUAACAGAUUUGCAUGUUAAUGGUGAUGUAAAUGACAAAUGUUGGGUAACAAAAUUA